UUGUCAUAGGACGACAGCUGCUCAAACUCGUAUUGAACAAACAAACGGCACGAACGAAAAUUCCGAUACUCCAGCGUUAAAUAUUUUUGUUACAGCCCCAGUCGAGGCCAUGUCCGCGAACCGAGACCACCCGUACGGGUCGACAGUGCGACACACGAUUGUGGCACGGUCCAAUCGGCCGGUGGUCAACCGGAUGUUGCGCUCCGCUCGACUGGACUCCACCGUGGGUCUGAAGAUGGGCCAGCCGGUGAGGGAGAAGCGGAUGGAGGUCAAGCCGCAGCUGAUGCAGAAGGAGCGAUCCUCGAGCACCGGGAUGAGCGGAUUCUCCAAGCUGACCAACCGCGACGGGCUGGUGGGCAAGGCCUACUGGAACGCGGCCAUCGAUGAUGUGGAGUUCGCGGCCGCCUGUCGCUUCCAGCCGCGCAUUCCCGUCAUCGACUACUCCCUGGUGCUGCCGCCGCGACUGCGCGAGCGGGUGAAGCGCAUCCAGAACUACGACUACUCCAAGUCCGACGAGGACAUCUACAUCCGCGAUGAGAUGCAGGAGGUGCGGCCCGAGGACUACAUGAGCGUGGAGAGCUCCGAGAGAAGCGAGGAGGAGGAGGACACGGUGCUCCUCGAUAUUGGCCGCAAGAAGGUGGAGGAGUACUUCAACGAGAGCGAGCACUCGGAUAUUGUGCGCAUGGAGCACGAGUUCGAGCAGUUCGACCUGAAGCUCGACGAGCCGGUGGGUCACACGCAUCGCGUGGUGGACAAGACCAGUUGGUAUGCCAAGUUCCUUUGCGCCCCGCGGGACAAGAGGGUCAGCUGGCAGAGCCGCGUCGAACAUCCCGGCCAGAACUACUCCAUGGUGACGCUGGACGAGCAGGCCGAGAACCUCAUGGAUGCGUCUGCAGAACGCUUCGUCGAGUGGUUGAACUCCUUUGGCACCUUGGAGAGCAAUCUGACCCCGGAGAAGGUCAAGAACCUGUUCUCCAUCAAGGGUGAUCGCACCUUAUUGGCCUCAGUGAAAACGGAUCCCAAGGAGGUGAACGCCAUAGCUCAGACGGUGGCCGAUAAAUGGAACAAGCCGCAUAUGGCCAUUGAGCUGAAGUACGAGAAGCACAUCAAUGAUCACGCCACUCGGGUCAAUCAGAAACCCCUGCUAAGUGCCUUUGGACGCACUGUGCCGCUGAAGGAUCGCCCCUGGCUAAAACGAUCGGGCGAUACUGCCAUUAAGACUGUCUAUCCGGAGGAGCUGCUGACCCGCGAGAAAAUCUUCAAGGGCAUAACCCACCUGCGCAGCACCACGGCCCUAAUUGAUUUCUAUCUGGCCCAUCCGGAACUGGAACGCCCCCAGUAUCUCCUGGAGAGCGGCGACUUCGAGGAGUCCAGCGCCAGUGAAUCCGUGGCCGAGGUCCCUCUCUACGAGCUCCUGGGGUUGCGCUAUUAACUCGGUGUUCAAUGUUAUGUUGCAUUUUCAAAUUGUCAGUUGGCUAUAUGACAAUGUAUGUAUAGACUCGAAAGAAGGAGUGAACUUUAAUCUUUUUUGGAGAUUUGGGUAAAAUUAUUUCAAUUAAAAUAGUGCUUUACAAAAAUACAAAUAUAUGCAAAGGAUUAUCCUUUACAGCCU